AUGUCUACUCGGGACCCUCUAGCCGUGAAGGAAUGCCACAACCCUUUACUGCCAGAGAAUACUGUGAGGAGUCUUGAAAACGCAUCACCUAAGCUACCCCGAGAAGUGAGUGACAUGUUUGUGGGGGAAGCCUUCCAGGGGUAUAUCAACGUAGCUGUGGACAGCCCCAAAGUCAACACUCUGUAUGAUGUUACUUUGAAGUCUCUCGCUGUUCCCUCGAUACAUAUACUGCAGGUUCAGAUAAGAUAUGCGUUAUCACCUGGUGGGGAGGCGCUGUAUUUCAAACGGAGCUAUAAGUUCCCUGUUGUGGCCCCUCUUGCUGUUCAUCACGAAGCGGUGCAGUUGGAUAAUCGAAUCUUAUGCAAUAUUAGUGUGACGAGUUCGCAUCCGUCGGCUCACAUUGCGAUCUUCGGUGUGGGAGUGGAACCGAUCCGGGGCUUCCUCAGUGAGCCUGUUGGUGACACUAGUGAGUGGGGAGCUAUCACCAAGGAGCUCUUACGAUAG